CUUUGAAAUCCUUCAUGGUAAAAUGAAAGCAAAAGGAGAGGGAAAUUUGUAAUGUGAGAAGCUCUGUGGUGUGAAUCAGAUGUCAGAAUGAGUUCCCACGGUUCCGAAGAUCACAAUGCUGUCAAGGUGCCCUGUGUGUUUGAGCCUUAUAAGAAGCACAAAAGCAUAGGCAAAUGUCUGAUCAUCAGUAAUGAGCACUUCCGCUCACCACAAUGGCAUAGACAGGGCUGUUCAGUAGAUGAAAACUUACUGUCGACCACGUUCAAGUCCCUUGGUUUUCAUGUACAGGUGGAGAAGGACCUGUCAGCUAAUGAAAUGAUUGGUGCACUGAGGAAAGUUUCUAAGGAGAACCACGCAGACAAUUCCUGCUUUGUGUGUGUACUGAUGAGCCAUGGAGAGGAAGGAACAAUCCUCGGAUCGGAUGAGCGCUGGAUCCCUGUCAAAACUCUGACCUCUCUCAUGACCUCUGACCUCUGCCCUAGUCUGUGUGACAAGCCAAAACUAUUCUUCCUACAGGCUUGCAGGGGGCUGGAAUAUGACCCUGGUGUUGAGGCAGACAGUGUAGGAUCACCAGGGGAAUUUUUUGGAAUAUCUGACGUUCCCGAGGUGGAUUUUCUUUGCUGUUAUUCCACAGUGGAAGGGUACUACUCUUGGAGAAAUCCAGAAAGAGGCUCUAUAUUUAUCCAUGAACUUUGCAAGAUGUUGAUGAACUGUCACCUAGAGAUAAGUCAGAUUCUGACAAGAGUAAAUCAUUAUGUGGCCAAUUACUUCCAGUCUAACACCAGAGACCCGGAUACAAAUAGAAAGAGACAAAUGCCGUGCUUUGCCUCCAGACUGACCAAGGAUUUUUACCUUCACGUGCCAGAGAAGAAAAAGAAAUUUCAUUUUUAAUUCACUAACAGCAAGAUAUGAUUUGCAGGGCAGUAGUGUAUUAUUAUGCUAGCUCUUAAAUGCAAAUACUUUUCAUUCUGUGUUCUUGUUUAAUCAACUGAUGUACAAAAUGGCAGAUCAAUAUGGCUAAGUGCAUGCAAUUAAAUAGAUACCUCAGGGACUUCAUCCAUUUGAUUAUUUUCUCUUUUUAUUUCUAAAUAAAAUUUUC